GCUGCCAAUUAGUUGGUUCGUACAUAGAUGACCGCGAUCUCCAUCUCCGCUCCCGAAGAUGUUCGGGCGAAUUCUGUCUCGCUGUCCGAAAAUGCUCGGGGUUCAUAGACCGCAUCCCAAUUAUAAAUUGGCCAUGUCCAUUCUCCAGAGUCAAGCCAGAAUCGCAAUCUACAGACAAGUACAUUCAUCAUGGUUACCAACGUCUCUUUUCUCUCCCGCAACCUGAAACUUGCUGGUCACCUCUACCAUCCUCAGGCCAACGCACCCAACCGCAACGGUGCAGCCAUCGUCAUCUCCCAUCCUUGGACCUCCAUAAAGGAGCGAUCACCCGCCAACUAUGCCCGUGUGCUCUCCCAAGCCGGCUUCAUCUGUCUUACAUUCGAUGCCGCUUAUCAGGGUGAAUCCGAGGGUGAACCACGCGCCCUCGAGGAUUCCACCCAGCGUGUUGAGGAUAUCAAAUCCGCCAUGACCUACCUAUUCAGCCGUCAAGAUGUCAAUUCAGACCGUAUUGGUGUUCUCGGCAUCUGCGCCUCGGGCGGAUACGCACCAUUCGCCACCCAGACAGACCUCCGCAUCAAGGCGUGCGCCACCAUCGCGGCCGUCUUGCAGAUUCUCAAGAUGCAGCUUGAAGGUGCUGCCGCGGAUCGUAACAGCGACGUCACCGGCAACAAGGUUCCCAUCGUGCAUUUACUUCCCGAGAAGCCUGAGGACGCGCCUGCCAACAUGUCAGAGUCUUUCCGCGACUUGAUGCUGUAUUACCGCACCCCCAGAGCGCAUCACCCCCGGGCGACCAACACUACCAUUCCCCGCAACUGGGACAUCAUGGCUAACUUUGACGCCUUUGCGUUCAACUCGAUGAUCAGCCCGCGGCCGCUAUUGAUGAUUACGGGUACCAAGGCGGCAUCCAAGUGGCAUAGCGAAGAGGGUGUGGCUAAGGCUAAGGAGCCCAAGGAGUUGUUCAUCGUGGAUGGGAAGACGCAUGCCGAUUUGUAUGAUCAGGUUGAUGAGGCGGGAGCCAAGUGUGCGGACUUUUUUGGCAAGAGCUUGACUGCAUGA